AUGCAGAUGGAGGAAAAGGACAUUUUCUGUGUUCAAGGAACUCGGCAUUCCCGGGCCGGAGCCUAGCCUCCUUUUCGGCAACCUAGUUGAAAUCUGGAAAGAGGGCAUGGGUCCGUGCUCGAGCAAAUGGUUGAAGCAGUACGGAGACGUCGUGGGCUACUACAAUGGCGCCAUGCCUGGCAUCGUACUGCGCGAUCGUGAAUUGAUUAAGCGUAUCUUCAUCAACGACUUCCAGUAUUUCACGGCACGACAGAUCAUGGCCCUUGUGUCUAAAAACCUUCCCGUCAAUGAAGUUCGAUACAGCAGGGUGUCCGGAGACGAUUGGCGCUACUUGAAAAACAUUAUGCUUCCCGCAUUCAAGACGAACAACAUCAAGAAGGACUGUGUGGCGGAGGCGGCCACCGUAAGGCCGAGAGAUGGGGCCACAGUUGGUGCCGUCAUCAUCAUCAUCAUUAUGAACACGGGCAGUGGGGAGAAGGGGUAG